AUGAGAGAGAGUCUGUAUUCCACUAGCACCUUACAGAGACAGAAUGGAGACUCUGCAGUUAUCAAUGCUGUAGUAGGUUAUGAACCAGCCACUCUGAGGGAGCUAGUGAGGGCAGGGAGUGACCUCAACCUCCAGAACCAGGCGGGACUCACUCCACUAAUUAUAGCUGCCAGGAGUGGAAGAACUGACAUUACUAGUAUUCUACUGGAGGGAGAACACAUCAACCUGGACAUUCAGGAGAAUGCAGCGAAGUUAGAGAAGUACCCUCUAACCCGCAUUGAGGAGCUGUUUGCAUCUCUGGCGGGUGGAAAGCUCUUCACCCCACUAGACCUCUCACACGCCUACGUCCAAAUUCCACUUGACAAACACUCUCGUCGUUUCGUCACCAUCAACACCCACAAGGGUCUCUUUGAGUAUAAGAGACUCCCGUUUGGUGUCGCCUCGGCGCCAUCGAUAUUUCAGCGCGUCAUGGAGAACUCCUGA